AACUGCCCCCCAAGGAAUCGAUCCGCCAUCUAGGAGUAAAAAAUUGAAGAUAACGCUGGGCGUUGCUGAAUUUUAAAAAGGUGGCAACGUAAUCUAAAAACAAACGAAAAAGAGAAUGCAAUUCAGCAAUUGAAGUCGAUGAACUUCCGGCGACACGCUUAGUUAAACCGGAACAAGUUUUCCGGGUAGCAUUUUUCGUCAGCUGUCAUUAAAGGAAGAUCCAGUCUUAACGAAAAUGUUGCGGCAACAACUAACACAAGUACGUUGUCGCUGGCUCGAUCGCUUACCGUUGAUUUUCUCAACAAUUUUGGUGUUUGUUAUAUAUAAUAUUAGUAAACCAGCUUCUAAUCAUGUAAUCAUAUUAAAGACAGAAACAAAAGAGUUUUCGACAAGUGAUCAGACAAGUGCCGUCAAAGAAACAUUCAGUUAUUCCAAAAAAAGUGCGUUUUCUCAUAAUGAGUUAUUUCGCUUCAAUCCUUUUCAGAAUUCACCUAAAUCAAACUUGAACGACGUUAUGAUGGCCUACACUUACAGCAGUUUUGGCCUUGACGAGCUGAAGGAGCGGCCAAUGAAAACAAUAUUGUUUUGGAACGAGGCUUAUGGCUCUAAAGACUAUAGUAUAGGAUUCGGGCAACAAGGUUUUCAAAAAUUAAAUUGCCCCAUCACUGAUUGCUUUACGACUGACAACAGAUCUAUGUUGAAAACGGCGGCCGAAUUUGACGCAAUAGUAUUUCAUUUGCGUACUUUUAACAUAGAAGACUUGCCGCCUACCAGAGGUCAAAAUCAGCGCUGGAUAUUUUGGACGUUGGAGUCGCCGCAGUACAACAUGCAAGACAUUUAUCCUUUGGAUGGCCUAUUCAAUUGGACGAUGACAUAUCGGAGAGACUCUGAUGUAAUUCAGCCGUAUGGAUGGAUUCAACCGAUUGGCUCAAUUGGCCUCCAGCCGGAAGUGGAGGAAAUCAAUCGAGAAAUGGAAUUAGCUAUCAAGAGAAAAUCCAAGAAUAAAAAGACCAAAAUGGUUGCAUGGUUUGUUUCAAAUUGCCAAUCUAAAAGUCAGCGUGAACAGUACGCAAAUGCCCUGGCAAAAUACGUGCAAGUGGACGUGUACGGAGACUGUGGGUCUAUGGCCUGUGAUCGAGACAAUGCAGCCAAUUGUUAUGAGAUGCUUGAGCAAGACUACAAAUUCUACCUGUCUUUUGAGAAUUCAUUUUGCGACGACUACGUAACAGAGAAGUUCUUUUCUGUGCUUCGUCUAGACGUUGUGCCGAUCGUUUUUGGUGGCGGGAAUUACUCUGCAAUUUCUCCUCCGUUUUCAUACAUCAAUGCCCAAGAUUUCGAGACAGCAGUGCAACUCGCCGAUUAUCUUAAAAUGCUCGACUCCAACGACGACCUCUACAACCAAUAUUUUUGGUGGAAGCCUCACUACCGAGUCCGAAAUCAUAUUCAAGAUUUGAAGUUAUCAAUGUGCGGAUUGUGUUCGCGAUUGCAUUACGAUAGAGCUCUGAAGAUCUACGAUGAUAUGGAGAAAUGGUGGGUUCAAGACUCCCAUUGUCACACCCCAAGAAGUGAUAAUGUUUUUCAUAUUCCGUUUUGGAAAAAUUAGACAUUAGUUAUAAAAGUCAUAACACAAAAAAAAUCGAAUCAUUUUUCUGUGAGCGCAAGACGAAAAAUGAUUAAAAAGAAUUGUAAGCAACGCGGACCAGAAACACACAAGCGUUUGUGAAAUAUGUGUGUAACAAAUAUAUUCAUAAAAAAUUUUUAAUAAUAUUCACGAAAAGACGAAAGGCAUGAAUUUAAUUAAAUAAUUGAAAUAAAUAACAGCUCUGUAAAUAAUAAUUUUUGAAAGUAAUCAAAUUCGGGAUGGAUCAAUCGGGCAACGUUGCGACCUAGUAAAACAAUGCCCUAGGGUUACUUUAGCAUGCGUUAUUAUUGCGUUAUGAUGAGUGUGUGAUGUUCUAUGUUUGUUGUCUCUAUUUGUUUCGUUCUGGUCUCGUUCCUACAUUGAGUUAUAUGGAAUCAUAAAUGAAAAAGUUAGUUGAGACUGAUUAAUGCCGACUGGUAGGCGUAAUCGCGAUGAUUUAAGAACACUCAAUCACCGAGAGUAAUCAACUGAGCUUAAAACUUGAUUAAAAGGAGAGUGAUAUAGGCCUAUUGCUGAAAGUCCGAAACUGCAUAGUCAGCUAUACAUAUAGCAGUGUGCUGUAUAUAAUUUUGCCAAAAAGGUGUUUGCCAUCCAGCAGGUUUUCAAAUCAUUGGAGAUGACUACUGCAACAGACGAGUCAGUAGAACUUAUUGACAUUUCUAAUGAUGAUGAUAGUAGUUGUGUGGUUUCACAGCCAUCAUCAGAUAUUAUAUUCAUUGAGGAAGUUGAAUUUCAUAAUUACCAAGAAAACAAUGAAAGAUCAUCCAAGCGUAAAAAUAGGACAAAAACUAUUGAUGUCUACUUUACUUCUGCAAGUGGAGAGAGCAACAAAUUGGUUACUCCUCUGUCAUUGGAUACUGCGCCGAUAAUUGGAGGUGUAGUAACAUCCGAUAAAAAUGGCGAUCUUGAAUCUAACAAAAUUUCAGUCAUCUCUGGACCUAGUUUAUUGCCUCCAGAAGGGAUUCUGUUUGCUGUCCCAGUAAAAGAAAUAGCUGCGAUUGUGAAUAAGACGUCGGACACGCAUGGCGUAGAAAAUGUAAAUGAUGGAUUUCUUCGAAAGGAGAAUAACGAAGAGGCAAUGAAGGAGACUGUCACUGCAAACGUACUCGGAAAUUCUCAGUCAACCGACAACAUCAAAAAGCAGAAAUACGUUUCCCUGCCAAAGAAUGAUUUUGAAUGUGAUGUUUGCCUGAAGAAGUAUUCAACAAAGAAUAGUCUGAAGCGUCAUCGCUUAAAGCACUCUGACCCUGCAACAUGGAAACAAUGCCCAUUUUGCGAUUAU